AUGCGACAGCGAUUGCUAUCUGCAACAACACUCAGCACACUUGAGGAAGCUUCCACUGCCCAACUAUCAAGUAUGCAGUCACAAGACUACACUCAUAUUAUAAUGAGUAUUCGCCAAAACAAGUAUGUUGAUCUUAAUCAGAUUCCAAAUAGACUGAGACUUCAACGAUCAGUACCAGUACUGAAAGCUCUAUAUUCUGCUGGCGUGAAGCCUGAUUUGAAGGGGUGGAAACUGCUCAUGUGGUUGUAUAACUCUAUUGGAAGUUUGGCAGAUGUCAAACAGACAUUUAAACAAAUGACUGAACACAACUAUCGUGUUUAUGACUUGUCAGUGUCAGGACCACUGGUACGAUCUUAUAUUGCUCAUAGAAAGGACGCUGAAGCUAUGGAUGCGUUUCAAAAACUGUGUCGGGUAGAUAGAUCUGUAUCGCCUUACCGUAUGCUCAUUCAAGCCUAUAUCGAUAGAAACGAUCACAAAGGCGUCGAGUCUGCUCUUCAACUUAUGAUCGAUGCCAAGUACAAGCUCCAUGCAGAAGUGCUGUUGCCAUUGUGCGAGUUUUACUUUAAACUUCAAGACUACCAGCAAGUGCUGACUCAUAUUCAAUCGUGUCUUGCGAAUCAAUCAAAAGUGCCCUUGCUCAGGAUAUACUAUAUCAUGAUGUGUACAUUCAAUGAAAUGGGAGACUAUCAACAAGUACAGUCUUUGAUUGACAAAAUGAAACAUCGAGGAGAGUUUGUAACUGAUGCGAUGUACAUGGAGCAGAUUGUGUCAUUUUCUAGACUAGGCAAUUCCCAGUCCAUGUGGUGUGUCUAUAAUGAGUUGCAACAGCGGAAAUGUAAUUUUUCUACCCGAUCUCUCCAGAGUUUAGCUCAACACAUUGGACCUAUACAGACUCGCAACACAUUGGUGAAACACGGACUCAUUCAAUCUAUUCCUUCAUCUAUCGACAUUCCAAUUCUCAUGAAUUUUCUCACUGGCUACGCUCAUAUCGGCGACAUUGCUUCAACAAUCAUCAUCAUUGAUGAGCUUCGAUCAUUAUUUGUUCCCAUCACACCAUCUAUCCACUUCCAAGCUGUGAUGGCGUAUUGCCGAUCAGGGGAUAUGGAUGGGGCGUUAAAUCUGCUCACAUCCAUAGCCAACUCCAAUAAUUGGAUGUAUAUUUACGCAUGGACAGCGAUUCUUGCAACUGCUGCCAGUCAUUACCCAGAUAGUAUCGAUGAGAUUGCUGACCGUAUUCUGCACAUAUAUCCCCACAUAAACAUUGAACAUAUUACAGAGCGUGCACAGGUUUAUAUAAAAUAUAUGAAUCGACCAGAGUUUGCAAGGCGCGUUAACUAG